GUUCAGUGAUUAUCUUAUUGUCCUUUCCAAAUAUUUAGUAUCAGAAGCACUAUUUCAAUGUUAUAUUGGGAGAAGGACGUUACCAAGUAAAAUGCAUACGUCUAAUUCAAUUUCGAAGACCGUCCUAUGCUUUCUGUUUGCCUGCUUGACUGGAUUGCCUCCUCAACUGCUCGGGCCAUCUCACCGAUAUAUGAGAAUCUCCAGGCGAAGGUGACUUUGUCUUCGAAAUCUAGAAUAUCACCACCCAUUGGAAUUCGGCCAUCGCUGUUUCUCGCGAACCUUCUCGCCCAGGAUGAACUUGUCGUGAAGAGUGCUGGAACGGUAAUGGAAGUCACAAUAGUCGGGCUUAUACUAGCCAACGUCUCCCGCAAUGAUCACUGCGUCGAAGUGGACACCAGCAAGUAGACCUUCAAUCGUGUUUUGAAUGUUAUACCAAUCCACGC